UGGCCAAGCGCAAUGAACGAACAUGUGUAACAAUUGCAGAUCGAAACGGCGAUAUGGGGACAUAAAGAAGCAUCGUGGGCCUAACUGAAAUAUGUGUGUUUAUUUAUGCAUCACAAAGCUACAAACCUCUCCCCACUCUUGCAACACUCACCCCACAACGACAGAAAAGAACUAUGACCUGUUACAUUGCGGAAGUUGACGUCAAACUACCGGCAACUCGCUGCAUAGACAUGGCUGACACUAACACAUGCUAGAUCGGAGAGCUGUGUCAGUGUUUUCUUGUCAGUGUGUUUGCGACCAUGCCUUCAAAUCUGCCUUCUGCGACACUAACGGAGUUAGUACGGAUAAAAUGAUGAAACAACUAACUGCCAAAUAGUUGAGUUACUUGCUAUUUUGUGGUUAUAACGACAGCUUUUGUAUGAAGUCAACUUGUUCAGUUUAUGAACACAAUAAUUUAAGGAUAUGGACAUGGAGGAGGAAACUGUGAACUGUACAUUUGUAGGCGAGGAGGGUAUAAUGUGUAAUGGCACCCUCUAUGUGCUGCCCGAGGAGAAACUGAACUAUCAUAAUGAGUGGUUCUGGAUAUAUCUGGGGAUAUAUGUUGCCCUGGUCUUGUUGGCAGGGCUAGUUUCUGGGCUUACAAUGGGCCUUCUUUCUCUGGAUAUGAUGACUCUGAAAAUCCUAAAGGAGGGAGGGUCACCUAAAGAGAAGAAGUAUGCCGCAAGGAUCCUACCAGUUGUGCAAAGACACCAUCUGCUGCUAGUCACUUUACUAUUGGCCAAUGCUGCUGCUGUUGAAGCCAUGCCCAUAUUCCUGGAUCGUAUCUCUGACCCCAUAACUGCCAUCUGUGUUUCUGUCAGUGCCGUUCUGCUCUUUGGAGAGGUGUUUCCCCAGGCUUUGUGCACACGAUUUGGAUUGGCUAUUGGAGCGACCCUUGCACCGUUUGUGUAUUUAUUGAUGGGCCUUCUAUUUGUGGUGGCCUGGCCUCUGUCCAAGCUGCUGGAUUGUCUGUUGGGGAAGGAACAUGACACAUUUUACCGCCGCGCCCAGCUUAAGGUGUUGGUGGACUUGCACGGCCCGGUGGAGAGUGCUAUCGUCAGUGACGAUGCAACACAGAGCGACCCAGAUCACCUCACAGUAGAUGAGGUUCUUAUCAUUAAGGGUGCUCUGGACAUGAAGGACAAAGUCGUUGAGGAUGCCAUGUUGCCUAUAAAAGAUGUUUACAUGCUGGAGUUGGACAGUAAAUUGGAUCAGGAGACCAUGGAUUCAGUGCUGGCAGCUGCUCACUCUCGCAUCCCUGUCUACUGUGAGUCACGACACAAUGUGAUUGGUCUGAUUCUUGUGAAGAUGCUUAUAAAGCUGAGCCCCAAGGAUGCCACACCCAUAUCCCAGCUUAUCCGUGACCCUAACUGCUUCCGUAAAGUGCCUUCAGUACCCCAUGACAUGGCUCUUUUUGAUUUGCUCAACUUGUUCCAGACUGGUAAAAGUCAUCUGUGUUUGGUGACUCGAAGCACAUCACCAGAGGAGGUGGAUGGUUUAAAUGUGAACUCAGACAGCCAGGAUAUUGACACUGACACUCAGGAAGUGGUUGGCAUAAUUACGUUGGAAGACGUGAUUGAAGAGCUCAUCCAGGAGGAGAUAAUCGAUGAGACAGAUGUGUUUGUGGAUGUACAGAAGAGAAUACGUGUAGCCAGGGCAAGAGCUGCCCGCCGAGUGAGCUGCCCACCUGAACUCGGCGAGUCAAGCCGGUAUCCCAGGCAAGAUUCUUACCAAAUAAACAAAGGAGAGACAGGUGCCCGCGCUCGCCGGAAGUCAGACGAACCAUUGCUUGACAUCACCACUGAUGCAUCGGCUCCGCUGCUGUCAAAUGAAGUGGUCGCGUAGUUGUAAUUACAUCAUGUAGUGUUGUUCGCUCAACACUGGUACAUCAUUAUUUUCAUAAACCUUGAAGGGAAACGUUUUCGUAAUUUAUUCCCUUCAGUCGGAAUUCAUAAUGUAUGAAAAUAUCUCUGAUGUGCACAGUCCAAGAUGUUUCAUUUUCAUAUACAGUUAUUUUACAUAACUGCACAUAAUAGGACUAAAAUCGCUGUAAGUAUGAUAACAUUGCGACCAUGAUGUAGUUCGGGUGACUCCCCGAUGACAUUAGUGGACUAAUAUAGAAACAUUGGGUCGUAUAGGAACUAAUAAAUUAUAUCAACCAGCCUACUUUAAAGUGAGACUCCAUGCACGAUAAUGACAUUGAAUAUGACAUUGAAAAUGACAUUGAGAAUAUGUGAUAUCAGUGGAUAUACAUGUAUACAGACUCUAGCAUCUUUGCCAAUUCGUGACCAGUUCAAAUACAUGUAGCCUGUUUCGAUCAAUGAAAUAAUAGAUCAAAAGGAACUGUUCAAACGGUGUAUGUUGAACAGAAUAUCUACCUCCACGUUGAAACCAACCGGAGUGUCUGUCAAAAGUGUGCAAGGCGGACUUAAUUUCAUCGCACAACAUCGAAUGAGGGCAACAUUUGACUGAAGAUAUGCAUUGAGAGAUGCCACUGGAUGGCCUGGGUUAGACUAACCCGUAACUUGGUAAAAAUAUUGCUAAAUGGAAAACUCUGCAUGGGUCAUUUGAGUGGUUUGUUAUUAGACUUAUUUAUGUACAUUUAUUGUGAAUUAUGUUAAUGUACUCUCAAAUUCCAAAUAAAGAAAAUGCGUAAUCCAUGAAUAUUUUAUUAUGAUCAUGGUAAAAAUGAAAUAUGUAUAUGUAUUUUUAACAUUACAUCUUCAGUGUAUGUUGUGACUCAAACUGUUUUUACUGAUGUCAACGGUAACAAUAUCACUGACAAUAUCGACCUUUAAUGGUCAGUUCUGAGUAAAUGCAUGGGAUACAGAAUGUUCGCUUAACAGAUGUAUAUAUCGAACAUUUUUUGUGCUCAGUGAUGGAUUUUUACACAAAAUACAGUAAACAUAUGUGAUGAAAUACCCCUUGGGGAUCGACGAAUCAUCAUGCUAUAUAAAUAUAUAUUUUUUGUUAAUUGA